AUGGAGAGGUACUUGCUCAAUGGAGAGGUACUUGAGCAAGUACCUCUCCAUAAUUUUCUAGUUAUAGCUGGUGAUCUGAAUGCUAGACUAGGACCCGAUGAGACCAAGUUUACUUUCAACUCUAAAACUAAUCGGAACGGAGAAAUGCUCAAAGACUUCUUGGAGGAAUUUAAUCUCUACACCUCCAACAAUUCUUUUAUGAAACCAAAAGGUCAACUUUGGAUAUUUGAGUCCCCACUUGGUGAUAGGGCACAAAUUGACUACCUCAUCUUUCGAAAGAAGUGGCGCAAUAGUGUUAAAAACUCGAGAUCCUACUCUUCCUUUAGUUCUGUCGGCUCUGACCACAGAAUUGUAUCAGCUACCGUUAAGCUUAGUCUUCGCUCAUCCAAAAAGCUAAGCCUCACCCGAUGA